GUCCGACUGGUUGGUUGGUUUGAUUUCGGGUGUGCACGCGGUCGUAGCGGUCACUGUUUUCGCCCUGUAAUUAGUUACGCUCCAAGGUUCAGUUUUUGACUAUUACUGCGGUCUACGAAGACCCUCUUCGUAACACGAUGAGCGCUUGCGCGGCAGCCAUGGCUGCCCUCCGAAACGUCCGCGAUGCAAAGUUCUCUGGCGCACUUCUACGUGCCGCGUGCCCCCGUACUUUGGGCACUUUGGGUGUAGAGGUCUUGGCACCCGGCGCACCACGGCUGCCGGUAAGUGCAAGAGAUCACCACAGUCUCGUCCCGAGAACCCGGGAACAGCCCUUGACAUGGCUGUGCACCAGCCAACUCCGCUGGAAAUCCAAGAAGUCCAAAGCCAAGGCGCGUCAGGAGGCCGACGAAAGCGACGACGACGAAGACGAAGAAGACGACGAGGAGGCCGAUGAGGACUUGGCGUACGGCGACAACGAGACCGCCUUUGUCUCGUCCCUGAGGGUGGACAGCAUCAUGAAAGCUGGCAUCGGGAUCUCUAAAUCGAAAGUGGUCGAAGCCUUCUACAGUAGCCUGAUCAGACUGAAUGGCAACAGAAUCUCCAAGAAAAGCACCCAGCUGGAGAAAGGCGACGAGCUGGACUUGAUUGUGGGCCUGAAGGCGGAGAACCCAAACCUGAUGGAGGUGCACCGGGUCACGCUGCUCCAGGUGCACAACGACCAGCUGACGGACAAGGGGCGCUUCAAGGUCCAGCUUCGCAGGCAAAAGAACCUCACCAUCGAGAAGUAUGCGGACUACGAGUAGAUCUCGCCGUGGGCCAGAAGAUUUCGGUACUCUGCCGCGAGAACAUGGAGCGAGGGAAGUGUGAAUGAGGUAUUCAAACCGAUUUAGUGACUGUUUAGUCGAUCAGUGGGAGAGGUGGUCAUCUCUUUGGAUUAGAAGUUCCUCAGUACUUGUGUACGUAGUCACUGGCAGAAUUAGAACGGCAGGCAGGUCAUCCAAUUGUCUCGUGUCCAAUGCGUCCGACAGAGAUACCCUACCAUUCUCGCCCUACCAAUGAUUAUAUUAAUGCGCAGUCUCCCACGGGCCACGAUAUGAAAGGCCCAUUUGCCUAGCCAGUUGUUGAUGCAUCUGUGCUAAGCAAGCUUUGACCAGGGUCGCUUUAUUUUAUUUUGGGAGAGAGAAUAGAAUGAAGGUUCUUGCAUCAAGAAAUCUGAGACUUGCCAAAGCAUAUUCAGCACAGCUACCUGAAACUACCUUGUCGAAUGGGUCUUUCAUACUGUUGGAGGCUGUACAUUUCAAAGUAUGGAAUGCCUGCUAGCUUGCACUUGUCGACUUCAUUUCCCUUAUUUGCUGUUUCAUGCAAUAAAGAGUUUGGGCUCCUC